GUCUGGCGCGGUGUUGCCACCCGAUUCCUGGAUGACCCAUCUGCGCUCACCUUCGAGCAUGUAUCAUCAGUCCGACCACCGACUCCUCUCAAGACUAAACAUCUAGGGCAUAUCUCUGGCCGCCUUCUCAUAGCAUGCACCUUCCUCGCCAUCUGGCGUGCGCAUUGGCUCUUCGUUUUUCAGCAGCAGCGUUUCUGGCCCAACGGUGUUGUCGCUUCCUCCAUUUUGCUACUUAGAAAGAUAAAUGCUGAACACCAAACAGCUGUGUAA